AUGGGAAAUUGGAGCUCAGUGACUGAAUUCACCCUGACCGCCUUUCCCACUCUCCUGGGGCUCCGAAUACUACUCUUUGUGGUUCUUCUGCUGACUUACACGUUAACAGCAACAGGAAAUAUUAUCAUCAUCUUCCUAAUAUGGACUAAUCAUCACCUGCAAACCCCAAUGUACAUUUUCCUCAGUAAUUUGUCUUUUCUGGAUAUUUUAUACACCACUGUUGUUACACCAAAGUUGCUAGCCUGCCUUCUAAGACAGAAGAAAACCAUAUCCUUUGCUGGUUGUAUCACGCAAACCUAUUUCUACUUCUUUCUGGGGACAGUGGAGUUUAUCCUCCUAGCAGUGAUGUCCUUUGACCGCUACGUGGCCAUCUGUAACCCCCUGCGCUAUACCAUCAUCAUGAACAGCAGGACCUGCCUCUUUCUGGUUCUGAGCUGCUGGGUAGGAGCCUUCCUGUCCGUGUUGGUACCAACCAUUGUAGUGACAAGGGUACCUUACUGUGGAAAAGAAAUUAAUCAUUUUUUCUGUGACAUUGCCCCUCUUCUGCAGGUGGCCUGUAUAGAUACUCACCUCAUUGAGCAGAUAAACUUUCUCCUAUCUGCCCUUGUCAUCCUGAGCUCCCUGGUAUUCACUACUAUGUCCUAUACCUACAUCAUCUCUACCAUCCUGCGUAUCCCCUCAGCCCAAGGCCGUCAAAAAGCUUUUUCUACCUGUGCUUCUCAUAUUACGGUGGUUUCCAUUGCUUAUGGCAGCAAUAUCUUUGUGUAUGUGAGACCCAAUCAGAACAAUUCCCUGAAUUUUGACAAGGUAGCUGCUGUCCUCAUUACAGUGAUAACCCCUCUCCUGAAUCCUUUUAUUUAUAGCUUGAGAAAUGAAAAGGUGAAAGAAGUUUUGAGAGAGACGAUAAACAGAAUCAUGUCCUCGAUAUGA